CUGCUUCGCAGAGUUUGCCGUCUAAAUUUAGGCUGCUGCCGCUGCUCCCUGCCGCCUCCGCGGCCGCGGGAGGGUCGCGGGAGGCGAGGGGCGCCCGGCGGGCGAUGCCGGGGGGCCGCAGCGCAGCGCAGAGCCCUGGCCACGAGGUGCCCAGGACACCGGCCCCACGGGGGGCACGCAGCCCUCUCCCCCACGCAGCUGGGGCGUAGGGACGCUCCCCACGGCACGGACCCACCGGCAGCAUCGGCGACGCUCGGCGGAGACCCCCGGGGUCUGCGUGUCCAGGAGGGGGCUGGAGGCAGAGGACAGCACCGCGACGUCCCCAAGUUUGCCUUUAACCCUUGGACAGGAGAGCAGCGGCGCUGAGAGCGAGCACGCGGCGUCUGCUGGCUGCCCUCUCCUCCGGGAUCUGCGCGCUCCUGGGGGAAGCCCUCCCCGUUAUCCUCACCCCUGACGCUCCGCAGCGCGCCCGGGAAGAGCGGCUGAGCCCCCGGGAGGGAAGGGAGCCUUCCAGCCCGCACCGCGGGGCACCAUGCAGGUCUCCUUUGUGUGCUCCGAGCACAGCAUAAAGAGCCGGAGCGCGGAGGACCGGCUGAACCGGCAGAAUGCCAGCAGCCCCAGCCUCGGCACGCGCAGCAAAUUCCGGGCAGUGGCCAUGGUCGCCCGGAGCCUGGGGCAGCUCUCGGUGCAGAACGCGCCGUCCUCCAGCGAAUCCAGCGUGAAGCAGCCGGGGAUGAAAUACAGAAAUCUGGGCAAGUCUGGGCUGCGAGUGUCCUGCCUCGGCCUCGGGACAUGGGUGACUUUCGGAGGGCAGAUCACGGACGAGAUGGCCGAGCAGCUGAUGACUUUAGCGUAUGACAAUGGCAUUAAUCUCUUCGACACAGCAGAAGUCUACGCUGCUGGCAAGGCUGAAGUUGUGCUGGGAAACAUCAUCAAGAAGAAGGGGUGGAGACGAUCCAGCCUGGUCAUCACCACCAAAAUCUUCUGGGGAGGAAAAGCGGAGACGGAGAGGGGGCUGUCCCGAAAGCACAUCAUCGAAGGUCUGAAGGCGUCCCUGGAGCGGCUGCAGCUGGACUACGUGGACGUGGUGUUCGCCAACAGGCCCGACCCCAACACGCCGAUGGAAGAGACGGUGCGCGCCAUGACCCACGUCAUCAACCAGGGGAUGGCCAUGUACUGGGGGACGUCGCGCUGGAGCUCCAUGGAGAUCAUGGAGGCGUACUCGGUGGCCCGGCAGUUCAACCUGAUCCCGCCGAUCUGCGAGCAGGCUGAGUACCACAUGUUCCAGCGGGAGAAGGUGGAGGUGCAGCUGCCCGAGCUCUUCCACAAGAUAGGCGUUGGUGCCAUGACCUGGUCCCCGCUGGCCUGCGGCAUCGUCUCAGGGAAGUACGACGGCGGCAUCCCCCCCUACUCACGGGCAUCGCUGAAGGGGUACCAGUGGCUGAAGGACAAGAUCCUGAGCGAGGAGGGCCGGCGGCAGCAGGCCAAGCUGAAGGAGCUGCAGGCCAUCGCCGAGCGCCUGGGCUGCACACUGCCCCAGCUCGCCAUCGCCUGGUGUCUGCGGAACGAGGGCGUCAGCUCCGUCCUGCUGGGUGCCUCCAACGCCGACCAGCUGAUGGAGAACAUCGGAGCAAUACAGGUUCUUCCAAAGCUGUCGUCUUCCAUCGUCCACGAGAUCGACAGCAUCCUGGGCAAUAAACCCUACAGCAAGAAGGACUACAGAUCCUAAGCACGCGCCGCCGCUGGGACGCCGCGCCGCCCUCGCCUCCUGUUCGCUUGCUUACGCUUUGUUGAAGCAAAGUGGAGAGCGGUUCGCAUCGAGAACACAGUGCGCCGAGACCGUGUAGAGAAAUCGUUUCAAAUGUCGCUGCAAGAGAACAUAAUGCUUACUACGUAACAUUUAUUUUGGAUGCAAGAAAAGCCACCGCCGGGGAGCGCGCAGAGGCGGUGCCCACCCGAUGCCCGGCCUCGGAGCUUCCUCUCCAGCUGCAGAAGCCGCCCACGAUGGUGCACGACGACGACGACGAUGAUGACGGGCGCCUCGGGCUCGGGCUCUGCGCUGGCCUGGCUGGCCCCGGCACGCGGCCCCGGCACGCGGCGCGCUCCAUGGGCACCGCGCAGAGGACUCAGCCGGUGGGACCUGUCCCGGGCGGCGGCGGCUCCGGCCGUUGCAUGCGUCUCCCCGCUGCUUCUCUUCUUUACUUUGUGUUUCUGGACGAGGAGGCUGUAACAUUCGGGCGCGCUCGGAGCACGGCGGCCGCGGGAGCGUUGCGCGUGCAGGGCUGGCUGCUGGCCGGGACCGCACGGGCUGUAAGAGGCUGCUGUACAACACCAACAAGGAAACAACAACCAAACCACCACCAACA